UGCGAUGCUUUGAGAAGAACAACCAUUCGGUUUCUGCUUGUCACCUUUCAGCCCCUUGCGGACGGUAACUCAGCAUUCACGCGGGAAGAGAGAAAGCUUCAUCCCACCGACCCGUCAGUUCGGUUCCACGGGCCACCCGUUCGAGUCUCCACUUCCCCAGGUUCCAAUUCGAAGGCGGGACGGUUCCAUUCACUUGUGGUUGAUGUACCUGCCCGUUGACCAGUCAACCACGUCUCAGGUCCAGCAUUGACGAUUUGGACGGACCUUGCAUGCGGGCCUCUUGUCGUUCGACAGGUCGCAAUCCCGACCCUCUCUCUGGCCAUUGAUGUACUUUAUCGAACUGAACAAUUCAACAACAGACCGGGCAAUAUCGCUUCACAACCACCGACAGGCACCGUCACGAUGGCCAUCACCGCGGCAGAUACCGAGUCGGUCGUCAUCAUCGAGCGCGUCUGCUCCGCCCUGUCGCUUUUGGGUGGCCUCUUCGUCAUCAUCAGCUUCUCUGUUUCGGAUGCUUUCCGACAGCGUGCUAUCAACCGCAUGGUUUUCUUUGCUACUUUCGGAAACAUGCUCACCAACGUGGCUACACUGAUGACCACGGCAUUUACGGACGAUAUCAACUCGUUUGGAUGUCAACUGCAGGGGUUUCUGGUUCAGGUCUUCAUGCAAGGUGAUGCUUUCUGGGCUCUGGCAAUGGCCAUCAACGUGUAUCUCACCUUCUACCAUAAGUUCGACGGAAGAGCUCUCAGGAAGAUGGAGAUCCCAUAUUUCCUCUUCUGCUACGGCGUCCCGUUCAUUACCGGAUUCACCUUCAUCUUCGUCAGGCAACACGGCGAGAGACCCUACGGCAACGCAAUCCUCUGGUGCUGGCUGAGCAAAAAGUGGGAAGUCUACCGUAUUGCCACCUUUUAUGCGCCUGUCUGGCUUUGCAUCACUCUAGCAACCACCAUCUACAUCCGCGCCGGCCGUGACAUCUACAAGAAGCGCCAAAUCAUGAACAAGUUCGGCUCCAGCGGCUCCGAAGGCGGUACCCUCAUCGACAUGUUCGCUCCAGCCUACAACUACAAGACCACCAAAGUCACCCAAACGACCGAGAUCAUCUCCCCUCCGUCGACCGCCAACGGCUACGGCGCCAACAAAGACGUUCCAUUCCCACAUACCCCAUUCCGCCCAGCCGACGACGCCAACCUCCCCGCUCAAACCUCCGUAACCGUCACCAUUUCCGCCGGCAACAACAACAACAACAACAACAACAACAACAACAACAACAACAACAACAACUACUCAUCAAACAAGCGCAGCUCUCAACCCCAGACCGAAAUCACCACCGAUCAAUCCAACGGCGGCGGUAUAACCGGCACAACAACCAACACCAACGAGCGAACCAUCGUGCACAUCUCAGCCGGCAACAACCCGGAUCUCCCUCCCUCGGGAACAGCAGCCAACAUGCAGACCCGAGCCCAGCGCCGCCUUGUUCACGAGGCGCACAACGCCGUCUGGUCUUACACCAAGUGCGCCAUCCUCUUCUUUUCCGUGUUGCUCGUCACCUGGAUCCCGUCCUCGGGCAACCGCGUGUACAGCAUUAUCAACCACGGAGAAAUCUCCAAGCCUCUAUUCUUCGCCAGCGCCUUCGUCUUGCCGCUGCAGGGGUUCUGGAACGCCGUCAUCUACGUGGUCACGUCGUGGGCGGCGUGCAAGGAGUUGGGCGCCGAGGUGGCCGAGGUGUUUGAUGUGGUGAAAUACAGGUGUAUGUGCUGCUGUGUGGGUAGGAGGAAUAAGAAAGGAGGAAACGAGGAUGAGGAUGGAAUCAUUCUGGAAAGCAGGAUGUCAGGAAGGAGAGGGGAUCCCAAUCGCAGGAGGUCGGGAGGUGGAGGGGGACCGGGAAGUAGUAGUAGUUGGGCGACGACCAUGGCGAGGGCGAAGGCGCAGGAGAUGGAGAUUGAUACGACUAGUAUGGAGGAUCUGACGGGCAAUGGGGCGAGGAUGGAGAGGGUGUCGCCUGUUUGAGGAGGGAAGAGAAGGGGGACAAAAAGUCGGUCGGUUGUGUGGUAAGUACUGUUGGGAUAUGGAUCGAUGG